CAUGGCUGGCGCAGGGGGAAUUUGCAAGUUUUUUCUUCAAGGAAACUGCAAAUUCGGGGACCGUUGCUGGCAUCCACACUCAAAAGGAGGUGGACAGCAGCAGCAAUAUGGCGGCUCGUCUGGUUUCACGCAUAAUCGCUAUUCCCUCUUCAACAAGUCAAACACCCAGCAGAGUUCGACGGCCUCGUCCUCAUCUGUAAAUGAGAUCAUUAAAAAUCUCACAGCCGAGAUGGAGAUCUGGGGGACGAGUAAGAUGUGGCCGUUCUCGUGUUACGCCCACAGUAAGGAGUGCAUGUGCAUGCCCGGCUUUGACGACUUCUCACCGGAGGAGAUGAGACUCGAAGCUUAUAAUGAGAACAGAAACCAUGCGGCACAAAUCAACUAUAAAGCGAAGGAAGCACAGCUGGGACUCGAAUACAAGCUGAAAAGAGAAAAGUUGAAGAACCCCAGUGGAACCACCAAACAAAAUCUGAUCAAAAUUAUCGAGGAAGCAAAAAAGUGCAUGGCUGAUUCUUCCUCUAGUGCAACCAAAGGACAAUUAUUCAGUACAAAGUCGGCUUUCGGCAGCACAACCACGGCUGCUAGUAGCGCAUUUGGUGGAACGAAAACCUCGUCCACAUUCGGAGCAGCAAAUGCGACAAGUGCAUCUUUGAAUCCAAAUCUGUUUGGUAAAGGAGCAAGUGCGAGCACGAAUCCAUCAAGUCCAUUCAGCUUCAGCAGCCCAGCAACGGUUACAACCACACAAAGUUCAGCAUUCGGCGCUAGUUCUGCACAGAGCAGUUUGUUCAAACCUGCUACAUUCGGAGCGGCGUCUGCCUUUGGUGGGUCAGCAACAACACAAACGUCUGCAUUCGGUGGUUCCAUGUCUUCACAGCCGGCUACAUUAGGAACAGGUACGUUUGGAAAAACUGCCCAGAGUUCGGUAUUCGGUGCUGCUCCUUCAUUUGGUGCUCAGACAUCAUCAUCGGGAUUUAGUGCAAGUGGCGGUCAGACAACAACAUUUGGUGCAUCUCCUUCCCGUCCUGUGACUGGGUUUGGUGCGACAGCGUCAACAUCUGCGUUUGGUACGUCAACUCCACAAACAUCAGCUUUUGGUCUGACAGCCAAUCAGACAUCAGCAUCUGUUUUUGGGGCAACGCUGACCAAUCAGACUUCUGCAUUUGGUGGCACUGCAGCAAGCCAACCGUCUGCGUUUGGGGGUACCACCACUCAAACAUCAGCAUUUGGUGGUCAGGGGUUCGGUGCAGCACCGAGUACGAGCGGAUCUGGUGCUCAACCAACCGGUUUAUUUGGUAAGCCAGCAGGUGUGGGACUUUUUGGCAAACCUGUUCAAGAAUCUGCCGCAGCCACAGCUGCAACCACAGGUACUCCCAGUAACCAUAAGAUUUAUACAGCCUUGGAGCAAAUAACAUUAGAAGAAAAAGCUGAGUUUGAAGCUCCUAAAUUCACUCUAGGUAGGAUACCUACUCGACCGCCACCCAAGGAAUACGUGUAAUCAUGUAGAAAUAUUUCAAUAAUCCACAGGCAGUUGAAAACCUGUCAGUGGCAACGACAUUGUACCAGAGCACUCCAUCCCUCAAUGUUCAAGACUUACCUUGGGUACUUGAAGGGUACAUCUAGCAGGGUGAAGCCAUAAGUAGUCUUUUGCGAAGGGUCCGCAGAGAGACUAAACCUAAACCAUUUCCUCUUUUUUUGGCUUUAUUCAUGUACCUGUAUACUGUGAAGAAAUGCCAUUGUUCGGUUGAUUCAUGUAUAGCAAUCGUUCGUGGUGUGAUAAUGAUUUCAUACAGAAUAAAUUGUA